AUGGCUCUCUACUCGGACCCUCCGCCCCCACGCCCCUUCAGCGAGGACAAGCCGACGCUGCUAGUGUGCUGGUGGAUCACCAUCUUUUGCGCCGUCAUCAUCGCGCUGCGCGUCGUGGGCCGCUUUAUCCGCACCGAGAAGCUCUUCCGCGAGGACAAGACCGCGGCGCUAGCUCUGGUGCCUCUGUUUUUGCGCAUGGGCUGUGUCCAUGUCAUUCUCAUCUACGGCACCAACAAUGCGAUUCUCGAAGGCGCUGGAUUUUCGGACGAGGAACUCCACCAGCGGUCGAUUGCUAGCGGUUUGGUACUGCUGAGCAGAGUGCUGUAUGCUGCGACCCUAUGGAUCCUCAAAUACGCGAUUCUCGAAUUCUUCAAGCGACUCAAGGUUACUUGGAGGCGCACCUAUGACUGGGCUCUAAUGUUCAUUCGCGGGUUCUUGGUCACGACCUUCAUCGCUGUCGUCAUUAGCGAUCUGGCUGAAUGCCAGCCCUUCUCUAAUUACUGGCAGGUUCUUCCUGAUCCAGGGGGCCAAUGCCGUCAGGGAUACGCUCAGCUCCUGACCAUGGCCGUUUGCAAUGUCAUAACCGAUUUGCUGCUGGUCAUGGUACCCAUCCCAGUUAUCCUCAGCAGCUCGAUGAGCGCGGCCCGCAAGUUCCAACUCGUGCUACUCUUCUGCCUCAGCCUAGCCCCCGUUGCCGUCACCAUUUACCGCGUCCCGCACAUCAUCGACCAGCACGGGUCCCAACGAACCCGGUCCCUGUACGCCUCCGUCGAAUUACUCUUCGCCACCGCUGCCGCCAACGCUCUCGUGCUCGGCUCCUUUGUCCGCGACCGCGGCGUAAAAAAGAAGCGCUUCAAGUACGAUUCCAUCGCCGCCGGUUCCAUCGACCGGUCCUCUGCCUCCGAUUCCCGUCGACCAACCGCCCUCCGCCACUGGGGUAGCGACGAGGACCUCGUACGCGAUCUGGGCCUGGGCGUGACCCCCGAGUUGCGUGACACCCGGCCCUCAUCCAACGACCACCUCCACCCCCAGUACACCCCCGCGCCGCCUGCCCAUGCUCAUGCCCAUGCCAUGGAAUCAUGGAAUUUCCCGAGCUAUGCCCAGCGACCGAGUACCUCCCCGCUGAGCGAGGAAACAGAAGAAGAAGAAGACCACGGCGACGACAAACCCACACCGAGCAGCGAAGUGUCCGCCUCCCGCGGGGUCUCCUUUUUCGACUACGGCGGGCUCCUCGAUGACCAAAACCCUACCACCGCAUCAAAUCCCACCCGAGGACGCAACCAUUCAUCUCCCUCGUCAUCAUCAUCCACCACACCAUCCCCCUCAACGACAAAACCGCCCGACCCAGCGGUCACGGCCAGCGGAAGCGGAUUCAGAAGAGGUUCGUCCGCGCUGUUGCAAGACCUGGGCGGCUUUUUGGCCCCACCGGGAUCUAGGACGACAAGGCAGAAGUCGAGGCCGAAAUCUCGGUCGAGACCGCUCUCGCCUAUUCGGCAGGGAGAGACACGGGGAGACGGGCCAGCACCUCUGCCAGAGCGACCUUCGCCAGAGCCGUCAUCGGCGAGAGCGUCAGUGCGGGCGGGACGUUCAGAUGGCAGUGCGGGCCAAGGGCCGGAGUUGAUGGAUGUGGGUGGAUUGUUGGGGACCUCGGGGCGGUGA